GAUUGACACGAGCACCUCUACGGGGAGACGCUGGAUGAGUGGUAGUCUUUGCUGGAUCAGUUCGUCGAUUCUCUUCCUCUGUGCCGCUGCGGCUGUACGGACGCCCAAUGAUUGUUCGACAAGGUUUCGCUCAUCUUCCUCUAGCCGAGCCAACUCAGCUCGCGCCACAAUAACUUCGUCCAUCUCGGUGACUAUAUUAACUGGGCUUACAACUUUCAAAAGAAAAGAAAUUUAUGUACCAGAAAGCAGAGUCUCGAUCUGGUAGAAUUGCGCUCGAACGAGUCUAAGAGUCAAGAGCUUAAGCUUGGGCACGCCCUGAUGCCUGAAAGACGGAAAGGCAGGUUGAAGAACUCCAAC